AUACACAAUUUAAUAUGUCGGCGAGAAGAAUGAGUUUUAUAUUCCGAAAACAUGACGUGCAUUAGACACUUCACGUGUAAUAUUUUGUAUGCGAUCAAGAAUAUUUUGAUACAAACCAGCACUAGUGUUAAGAAUGGAUGAUGCCUGUUCUGUUUGUUUGGAUACUUUCAAAGAGCCUAAGCUAUUGCGAUGUUGUCAUACCUUCUGUAAAACUUGCUUAGAGGGACUCGUCAGAUCUGCCGAUCAUCAAAGUAAGAAACACUUCUCGUGUCCCUUGUGCCGAACACAAAAUAACCUGGCAUCCGAAGGGAUAGCAGGCUAUCCUAAUAAUUAUUUUGUCCGUGAUAGUAGGUUACCUUCCCGUAGGGAACACAAGAAGGCAGGUCUUGACCAAGAAUCCGGUGACGAUGGUGCUAGUACCGUUCUCAUGGAUGAUUUAGAGGAGGACGGGGAGGUUGACGAAGAUGACUGUACGGUAAUGGAACAAUGGACUUCAGAGCGAACAUUGAGGUUUCCACGAAACGAUAGUAAGACUGACCGUCACUGCACGUUCCUUUCAAGCAAAGUCCUGGAAGGAGCGCGAAUGAUUUCGUGUCUUUGUUCAACUCCUAGCGACAAUUGUCUGGUAGUUGCUGACUGUAGUAACGUUAUCAAUGUAAUUACAACCAAUGGCUAUCUUUUAACUCGGUAUAAUGUAAUACCUCGUGUAAACAUUCACGAUGUUGUUCUUAGAGGGGAAGAGACAUUACUUCUGUUAGCAAGUGACAUUAACCAGAUUUUAACCUACUGUACAAGAUCGAAUACGUACUCAACGUUUACGUCACUUGUUGAUUUCAGGGGAAAUGACAUGGCGUCUCUGCUAGACGGACGCUUAGCUGUUGCUGGGGUGAACACUUCCGGUUCCUCCAGCAUCAGAAAUGAAUAUGGACAGCUGUUAUUGCUCUCUAGCACUGGGUCGGUCUUAAAACGGAUUGGUGACGAAUAUAUGACAUUUCAACCGGCCUGUGUUUCUGUGAAUACGUAUGAAAAUCGCAUAUGUUUUACCGACGUUGAUAGGAGGACAGUAUCGAUUAUAUCGGCUGAUGGGCCACAUAUCUGUGAUUUUAAAGGGAGAGGUAGUGAACACGUAUACCUUAGAUCGAUUCUGGGUGACGACUCGCCUCGGUCCACUUUAAAUCCGGGUGGUCUGUCAUGUGAUACGGAAGGAAACGUUGUCGUUGUGGAUGAAGCAACAUCGUCAGUAUUUGUACUGGACCACAAUGGUUCGUUCCGCGGAUUCAUGGUUUUAGAGGACAAAGAAUCACUGUAUAACCCGUUUCUGGUUGCGUGUGGUCCUUCGGAAACCCUCUGGGUUGGAGAUAAAACCCAAGGAAAAGUUAACGUGUACAAGAUUUCCAACUACGUCAAUGUGUUUGAUCGGCCAAUGAGUGAUGUAGAGCAACGUUAAGAACCACUGACGGAUGGUGACAACUGCGAACAAUUAACCAAUCCUUUAUCGAGCUUUCCUGUUAUUGUUAGAUUAAUUUGCAUCCGAAAAGUGAAACUUCCGAAGAACAUCUUUCAUCAGUCUUAAAAUCCGCUUCUGAAAAACGACUUUUAUCAUUUCGCUAUUUAAUAUCUUCUCGUUGUACACACAUGCCUUCAUAUACUUUCAAAAGUUUCAAAUGUUUUGGUCUGACUAUAGCAUAAAAUUGAAGGUUUGUUAACCUGUCAGGAUUGUCAUGUUUUUUUUCAAAGGAUUCACAUAAAGUUGACUUUACGUAAGCAAAUUUGGCUUGCGUGAAGAAAGAGGGGUUAUAGCAUCUCCCUAUCAAUGUCCCUAGCUGUUUUGAGAAAUAUUCGGUAGCCUAGCUUAUAACAUUGGUGUUAUUGUAGUAUGUUCCGUGUAGAUCAUACCUAUUUUGUACUUCAUUCACCUGCCUGAGUGAACGAACGUCCUGACUAAUUUCUUUAUGCCCACAGUGGGUUUUUUUUUUUCGCCUAGAACUGCGAUGAAAUCACAAUUAUUACGUUUGUGAUUUAACUUGAUAAAGAGUACGGUGUCAUAAUAAGCAAUCAAGUUGUUGUAAAAUCAGAAGGUGUUUAAUGAGAUGGAAGCGCUUUACCAAACUUCUGAUGACACCGUUCAAAUUGCAGUCUUUUGUUCGGCGGAUUUUGAAGAAAGGACUUCUGUUUUAUUAUCACCAGAGAGAAUCGGGGGACAAUUCUUUUACGUUGUGUCUGUCUUUCCUUCCUUUAUCUUCUUCUAUACUACUUGUCUCUGCAUAGAGUUCGGGUUCACUUUUGUGAAACGUGGUAAUUUGUAUCAAAAGUAGAAAUCAGAUGAAGCUAAUUUAUUGAUUGGUGAUAUACACGGCGUUUGAUAUGCUACUUACUUGCACUUUUGGCGAUCAUCCCGUUUCUAAGAUAAACGAUUACAAUAUUGUCGGGUAAACCUUGAAAGACAGAAAUUCCACUGCUAGAAAGAUACAGUCCUCUAAUAAACAUGACAGUCACUGAGCAUAAAUAUCAUUGUUUAUAGGUGGUAAUUACAUUUUUGUUAUAUUGAGGGGAUGGUAAAUCUGUUAUCAUGUAAAAACAGUAUUUGACUUCGAGCUAUGCUAAUUUUCAUAUAUUAUGGACUGAACUCAUCGACUUUAUGUAUAUUUCGUUUUAAAGCGCAUUGGAUAUUCCUAGAAUGUAUACCAAAAUAAAGCUUAAAUUUAAUAAUGUGUUAACUGUACUAUAGAUAAUAUUUAAUUGCUUAAUCUUUGUUAUUGUAUUUUUCCUAUACCGUUAUUUAAGAAUGCAGAGGCGUAAACGGAGAACUUCAUGAAACAAAUUAUUAUGUCAACUUUUGUUUUAAACUUUAAUAAUCAUUAUA